AUGGGAAAACGAAAACAUUCAAAAAUUUCAAAGGAAAAGAAAAAUAUUCAUCAAAGGGAGGAAAAGUCUGCACCAGGAGUUGUUAUGACUAAUUUGCCAGAUGGAGCAUCAUUACAAAUUUCUACAAAAAAGAAAAAGAUGUCUCAUGCUUCUUCUACUACUCCGAAGAAUGAUCAAAUUGGAUUGGAAAUGAUUGAAAAAUGGCAGCAAAUUUUGAGUUUGCAAGAUACACUCACCCUGAUUCUGGGUUACAUUCCCGAAUAUUUAUUGGAGAGAACAAUGAGAUUUGUUAAUAGGGAUUUUUAUCUUGCAUCCUCUGUUGCUUGGAGAGAGAAUAUUCGAAGUUUGAAAAUUCAUGCAUCAUCACUCAAGGAAAUAGAGAUUGGUAUUAAAAGAUGGGAAAAACUCAAGAAUUUGAAAGAUGUAAAGAUUUCGUUUACUGAUUUUGAUAUAUGCUAUGAGUUUGAUGUUUGUUGCUUGAGUCAUUUGGGAUUUGAAAAAAUUGGAGUUGUUAAUACCACAUCAAUAUUUUCCAAAUCUCUUGUUGACACUAAAUGGGUUGAAACUUUGAGAUAUUUACAAAUUGAUAUUCAUCAACAAUAUUUUACUGCCUUGUUUGACUUGAAUUUACACACUUUGGUUGUACAAUUUCUUGAAUUGGAUGAUAGUGAAUUAAUUAUUGGAAAGGAUGAUAAGCCUUUAUUUAAAAGUUUAACCCAUCUCGAUUACUCGAGUAUAGCAUUCAAUAACAUGGAUGAAUUUUUGAAUAGACUUGUUAACCUUAAAAAAUUGAGAAAUGGUGAUGAUGACAUGAGUAUUGAGAAUAUCAAAUUACCUAAUUUGAAACACUAUAAUUGUAUGCAUGAAUUAAUGGGGAUAGAAGAGGUAUUUCCAAAGUUAGAAUCUCUAAAAUCAUAUUCUAGUUUUUCAACAGCUAACGUGACAGGAGCAAUCUCCCUAAAAACUUUAAAAUCGGUAACCCUUAGUUUAGAAUCAAAAACGAUUAGCUCUAUUCCAGAUGCACUGUUUAAUUUACCACUCCUUGAAAAGUUGUCAUUGCUUGUCUACUGCUCCAGUCUAACAAAAUGUUCAAAAAUUAACCCAAAACCAUUGGAUAAUUUGAAAAAGGUAAAGCUUGUAUUUUUUGAAUACGAGAACGGUGAGCUUCCAAUAUCAUUCUUUCAUUUCAGAAAAUGUAGCAAUAUUGAAAAAAUUAGAUUUGAAGAGGAAAGUCAAAAGGUAUUAGUGGAUAUGAAUGAUUUUUCAAAUUUUCCAUUAUUGAAAAGUCUAGCAGUAACAGCUGGAUCUGCUUCUAACUGGAAUAGUCCUAUUUGCACUCUGGAAUCAUUGGCAAUUAAUGUAAAAAAACAAUGCUCAGUUACACUCACAGGACUAGACAAACUGAAGCGUUUGGAAUAUGUAUCACAAAAUAUGAAUAGUCUGGUUCAAUAUCUAAAUGAUAACUCUAAUGAUUGUAUUAGAGAUUUGAAUAUUUCUGGAAAGGAUAUUUCAAAGUUCACAUCAUUUCCCUGUUGUUUGGAAACCCUCACCAUUACACACAUGUAUCUAAAAGAAAUUAAUGAGAGAUUUGUGAACAUUGUCAAGAACCAAACCAACCUUAGAAAACUAGUCAUUGAGGAAUCCAAAUUCGACCUGGUUCCACUCUUGGAAUCGCUCACUUGUCUCAUCCAUCAAAUUAGCAAAAUACAAUUGAGUGGUGAAUGCUAUCCUAUACCAUACUCUGAAUCCAAAUAUAUUACCAAUUUACUCAAAGUCAUAUCAAUAUAUGACUCCAAGAAAAUAGAUCUCAAACUCAACAGGGAAAAGAGAAGGAAUUCCAUUGCUGAAGAGAAACUUCUUUCUGAAAACGAAACUUUGAGACAAGAAAAAGUUGAUCUGUUGGGAAGAAUCAGAGAGCUUGAAGAGAAGCAGAACAAGAGUGAUGAACUUAUUCGAAAGUUAGAAUUGGAACUGGCCUCUUUCAGAAAUAGAGAAUCAAUGGAAGUUACUGAUUCAAAAACUGAACUAAUCCUUAAUGAGAUUACUAACUUAUCUGCCAGAAAUCAAGAUAUGAUUUUUAAUUACAUGCUUGAGAUUAUUCCAAAUGAGAAUGAUUCCGAAUCUGAACUAUUCAUUUCUCUCCUAUCAAAAUCUGUUUACAAAUUAGAACCUGUUGAUGAAAGACAGCAAAUUAGCAUGGCAUGGGAUAAGUUUAACUCCUCAAUUAUGAAACUGAUUUAUGUGAACAGUCACGAAUUCCAAAGAUUAGAAUGGAGUGGGGUUCGUCUAAAGCAGGAAUGGAGUGUAUCUGCCCAGGAAUAA